AUGGAUAGUGGACCCUACGGAGAGGGUCCCGACGAUGACCGUAAACAAAUACAAUUAGGUCCGUGCAUAGGAAACGCAUUGCGUAUAUGUUAUGGAGAAGAUAUGGAAACUGAAACAAACGCUAAUUUAAAUAAAUUAAAUAGUGAUGUUACACCUAAAGGAACAAUCAAUUCAGUGCAAGAAAGUGACGCUGUAUCAAACAGCAAGCCAAUGAAAACAAUAACAAAUCUAGAAACAACUCGAGGGAAAAACAGUGCUAGUGAAAAUCUCACAGGGGACAAACCUUCCCAAGAAACUAAUAAUAAUAAUGAGUGCCGAAGUAGUGUCAGGUGCGGACAUUGUUCGUGUAACCACAACUACAAGGAGUGCGAUAACAGGGAGGAAGAACCCAAAUGUGCAUUAUGCGAUCACCAACAACGCACAAGAGAUAAAGAACCAGAAAAUACGGAAGUGAAUCAGCCCAAGAAACGGAGACUACACAAUACUAGCGUUGAGACACCAACCACAGACAACAGCAUUAAAAACUCUAAUAAUAACAAUAAAAUAGAAAACGAUGCACGAAAAGCGUCACCUAAUAUAAAUAAAAUACCAUUUAAAAAAAAUGAAAACGCAAAUACGAAAAUGACAAAAGAGGACAACAGAGAUAAAACGAAAGAGAAGGAGACGACGAAUAUACAGAAAAGAGGAUUACAACCAAAUCCAAGCACAUCAGAGCAAAUAUCUCUGAACCACAUAAUCAAAGACUAA